CUGAUAUAUAGCCGCAACAGCUGGUGGUAAAUGAAAACCUAUAUAUCCCCUCUUUACUUUACACUCUUUCGAUAAUAAUUUUUUGCCGCCUUUCUCUGUUUCUAUCACAUUUUUAUUCACCACCAUUUUCACACCUUCAAUCUCCUCUUCUGUUAUCUUUUUUCAGCAGCAACCAUCAAUGGCGUCGGCCAAUGAAGCUCAGGCCGUUAAAUCUCUCAAUACUACUCCCGGCCUCCGCAACCGCCGCUUUGUGUACAAAUCAUGUGCUCAACAAAUCGACGAGCUGGAAAUCAAUGUUUUUCGAAAUCUCGAUACCGUCAAGGCUAAGCCCUCUUCUGGCUCUUAUUUCUUCUUGGAUUGUCUAAUACAUUGGAGGGAGUUAAAUACAGCUGAGGAUUUUAUUUCGUUAUAUGAAGAAUUGAUGCCUCUUGUACAAACCUUGUCGUUGGCUCUAUUACACAAAGAUAUGAUAAUCGCGAGACUCUUGUCUAGGUUGCAAAUGAAAGCGCGGCUUUCACUAGAGGCUAUUUUCAGGUUGAUUGCAGAGUUAUCAAGAGAUCUAGGUGAAGAGUUUAUACCCUUUCUUCCAAGGAUUAUUGAGUCUUACUUGGGUCUUCUCAAAGAUAAAGCUGACCGAGAACCAGAGAUUAUUGAGCAGAUGUUUACCUCGUUGUCAUAUAUAAUGAUGUACUUGCAGAGGUAUCUCACCCAAAAAGUUGUUCAAGUUCUCGAGGUUACAGUCAAACUAAGAUAUUAUCCCAAAGAUUUUGUCCAGGAGUUUAUGGCUAAAGCGCUGUCAUUUUUGCUGAGAAAUGCACCUACUCCACAACUUAAAGAAGGUGUUAGUAAAAUUCUGCAUGAAGCUGCAAGAAAACCAUCUGAGGCCAAAAAAUUUGGAGCUAGUGCGUUGCUGUGGCAUAUUAUGAGAGGAACAUCAUCUAACUUUCAUUCACGCGCAUCUCGAGUGCUGGACUUAUUAACAGAUAGUGGCUUCUUAAGUAUAGGCGACAAGUUUAACCAAGGUUCUGACACUGUUACUGAAAUUGUGAUUGCGUCUCUUGAAAGAUGUAUGGAGCUGGAUGUCAGUGAGCUGAAGCUGAUAUGGAAUAGCUUGUAUGAAGCUGUUGCUAAUUCUCUAUCUGGCGGAUAUUCUCAACAUUUAUCCUGCCUGUUAUCAGUGCUUAUAUCAAUAAUUUCUGUUGAUCAUGGCCGAAAAGUUGGUGACUACAAGCAAAUGCAGAAGCUAUUAGAUUUGCUCAUGUGGAAAUUUAUUCUUCCAUUUAGCAGUGGUGAAACAAAGGGACUGGUAUCUGAGGCUGCUGAUAAAACUUUUCAGCUCCUGUUGUGCGUUCUUGAUGGUAUUUGCAAUAACAACAAUUCGACUGGUAUUCCUGAACUUGCCUUGCAGUGGGCUCCUGUCUUUCAAUUAAAGAGCUCAAGUUUGCUUACGCUCUUGAAAGAUUUGGUCAUGAAGGACUAUGCUAUAAUUGCAUUCCAAAGCAAUAUUUUAAGUGGUUGUUUGAAUGUACUGGAAAUAGCUAAGGGAGAAGCUCUACAUUUGAUGCUGGCUUAUUGUGAAAGAUUUCAAGCUAAAACAGGAUGUUUUAAUGUUCUAGAAGGAAUGCCAAAGGAAUUGGUUGUAAAGUCCAGAUGUUUUUUUCAAGAGACAAUCUGCUACUGGAUAGGAGUGAUAAAAAAUAUGACGCACAAGGAUACAAUAAUUGAUGAAGUAGUAGAUGAGGACGCUUUGGCUUUACUUUGGGGAACCAUUUGUUGCAUCCCUUAUUUCUUAUCUGUCGAGGGGAAUGAGUAUCUGAUGAAUUUGGUUGAUGAGGUUGAUCGGCUAUUAAUAACUGAAACAGAUUUUGUGGCUGGAGUUCCCAAAUGUAUAUGGCAGGGCCUAAUUGGUGCUGCUUUACAAAGUUAUCAUGGUGCAGGAAGACCUGAAAGAUUUGAACAUGAACAUACCUGCAAGAUUUUGCAUCUUGGAAAAAGUUAUAAAUCAUCACAGCAAAUACUGUCUGCUGUAGCAGAGUAUUUGGAUUCGAAAUAUGGGGAGAGUCUCCAAAAAAACAAAGGUGUCUCGAUAAGACAUCUAAAGCUUGAAGCAGCAGAUGGGAUGGAUGCUUUGAAUGUAUUUUCAGAGAACCUAUUUCAUCCCAACAAGGAACUUCGUGUUUCGACACUUAAAAUAUUGUGUCAUUAUGAGCUUUUGAAUUAUGAAUCACAACAGAUGGAUGCAGAAGUUUCUGAAGAAGAUCACAUUGGCACCCAAAGCUACAAUGUAUUUAACCUGCUUCUUACUAUUGAGCAAACACCCAUCUCAGUUGCCACUGGUAGAAAGGUCACUUUGCUAGUUUCUAGAAUACGGACUUCUCUAUCUGCUCCUGGGGUAACUGAAGCCCAUGUACUGCCGGCUUUUUAUGGCACUAUCGGGCUUCUGUAUAACCAAUACAUGGAUUUAUCAAAUGCAGCUUUAGAGUGCCUUUCUGCUAUGAUCAGCACAUAUCCUGGGCUCUUGUGGAAUAAGUUUAUCUGCUUUUUUGAGAAAUGCCAGACCAGUUGUAUAAAGGCUCAUGGGUUAGACAACUCCAACAUGAUAGCAUGUAGCGAUAAAACUGAGUUGGUGGAACAUUUCCGUUCCUUUUGUAGCACAACAUCAUCUGAUAGAUCUGGCUUGUCUAUAACUCCUUUGCUACUCCAAGCCUUACAAAGGAUUCCAACCGUUACUGAGUCACAUUCUCGCCAAAUAGUUCCAUUAUUUUUGAAAUUUCUGGGCUACAGUGAUGAAAACCCGCGGUUGGAAUCGUUUGAUUCACUUGCUUGUGCUGGUAAGGAUUGGAAAGUUGUACUCAUGGAGUGGCUUAACCUUUUUAAGUUGAUGAAGAAUCCCAGGUCAUUUUACUGCAGUCAACUAUUGAAAGAAGUCUUGGUGAAUAGGUUGCUUGAUAAUAAUGAUGUUGAGAUACAAAUAAGGGUUUUGGAUUGUCUCUUAAAUUGGAAGGAUAGGUUCUUGCUCCCUUAUGAGAAGCAUCUGAAGAAUCUUGUCAGUUCAAAAUGUUUGAGAGAAGAAAUUGCUACUUGGAGUUUAUCUGAAGACUCUAAUUUGGUUGAAGAAGAGCACAGAGCCCAACUUGUCCCAUUAGUUAUUCGAUUGCUGAUGCCAAAAGUUAGAAGCCUUAAGACACUUGCCUCAAGAAAGCAUGCAAGUGUGAGCAAUCGAAAGGCUGUGCUGGGAUUCAUUGCUGAAUUCACUGUUGCUGAGCUUCCUCUUUUCUUUCAACUAUUGUUGAAGUCUUUGCAAAUUACUGAUCUUAAUAAUGAAGAAAUAGAAAGUUGUGCUUGGGUUUCAGAGAAAUGCAAUUUGGAUGGAUUUGAAUUGCCAACUUUAUUGAAUUUAUUCUCUGUGGAAAGAAUAAUUGCCAUUCCCUUAAAAAAGAGAUUUGGGUUUUUACACGUGGUUGAAGAAAUUUUUAGUAUUUUUGAUGCUUCACGUGUCAGCCCAUUUCUCGAUCUUCUCUUGGGUUGUGUUGUCCGUAUUCUCGACAGCUGUGCUUCAAGUAUUCUGAAUAAAAGUCCUAAGCAACCUGCUCAACUUGAUGAUUCAUCCGAUAUUAACUUGCAAGAAAGUAGAAAGGAAGCUAUGAACCAUACCAGCUCGGCGGUCAAGCAAUUUAAAGAUAUGAGAUCAUUAUGCCUGAAGAUCAUUUCUUCCAUUCUUAAUAAUUACGAGGACCAUGAUUUUGGCUCUACAUUUUGGGAUAUAUUCUUCAGGGCAGUGAAGCCUUUAGUACGUGGAUUCAAGCAGGAGGGCUCAAGUAGCGAAAAGCCAAGCUCUUUGUUCUUUUGCUUUCUUGCAAUGAGCCAGAGUCAGAGACUUGUUUCUCUUUUAUGCAGAGAAAAGAACCUAAUUCCAGAUAUCUUUUCAAUCUUAUCUGUUCCAACUGCUUCUGAAGCCAUAAUUUAUAGCGUUCUCAAGUUCACUGAGAACCUUCUAACUGUUAAAGAUGAGCUUGGGAUUGAUGGAUAUGUUAUUGAUGACGUUUUUUGUUCAAACCUUGAUGGUCUUAUUGACAGCCUGCAUCAUCUAUUUCAUUCAUUCACUGAGAAAAAAAGGAAGUUGCUAAAACAUCCUGGGGAAACUUUGCUGAGAGUUCUGAAAUUGCUAUCAAAGUUCAUAAAUGAUCAAUCAGGAGCAAGAAAGUUUGUGGAUAUCUUGCUUUUGCUUGCGUCAGAUGGCAUAAAAAAUUCUGAUUUGUGUAUGGAAGCUUUGCAGAUCCUCGGGGAUAUAGUUUCAGUAUUACGAAGUGAAGCUAACACUAAAAUCUUGAAGGCUGUAUCUCCCAUUCUUAUAUCUGCUGAAAGGGGUGUUCGGUCGUCAAUCUGUAAUCUUUUGGGUGCUCUUGCUGAGAAUGAUUCAUCCAUUCGCUCUAUGGUUAAUCUCGUUUGUGAAUUAAAUGCCACCACUUCUGCAAUGGAAUUGGAUGACCUUGACUUUGAUAUUAUCAUCAACGCUUAUGACAGAAUUACAGCAGAUUACUUCUUCGGUGUUAGUGAGGAUCAAGCUAUAGUGAUAUUAUCCCACUGUAUUUAUGACAUCAAAUCUGAUGAGUUAAUUUUAAGACAAUGUGCGUAUAAGUCACUCCUCUCAUUUGUUGAAUUCUCUGCUCUAAUAACUGGGGAAGAAGUAAAGAACCAGGAUGUUCCUGCACGAACAAUGGCAAUUGAUGACCCUUAUUGGACUGAUAAUCACAUUCAGCAUAUUGUAAAUAAAUUCCUUUUGAAGCACAUGGGAGAUGCAAUGACUAAAAUAACAACUAUGCAAAAGGAAUGGAUUGAUUUGUUACAUGAGAUGGUCCUGAAGCUUUCAGGAAUUCCAAAUCUUGGAAGUUUAAAGCUCCUUUGCAGUGAAGAUGCUGAAGUAGACUUCUUUAACAACAUCAUUCAUUUACAGAAACAUAGGAAAGCCAGAGCAUUGUCACGCUUUAAAAAUAUUGUUGCCACUGGGCAGCUUUCCGAGUUCAUGUUGAAGAAAGUGUUCAUACCCCUCUUUUUCAGUAUGUUGUAUGACUUGCAAGCAGGAAAGGGGGAGCAUAUUAGAAGUGCUUGUCUUGAUGCCAUCGCUUCUAUUUCUGGCCAAUUGGGAUGGAAAUCAUACUAUGCUUUACUAAUGAGAUGUUUCAGGGAUAUGGAAAAAAAGCCCGAUAGGGAAAAGGUCCUGUUACGACUUGUUUGCUCUAUCCUUGACCAAUUUCAUUUUUCCGAGACCUAUUCCUCACCUGACCUUCCAAGAAAUGAUUUAACAGAGAAUGAUCCUGAAGACAAAACUAAUUCAGCUACUAUACCCAAAGGUGCCAGUUAUAUGUUUUCUGCGACACAGGCCUGUCUUACUGGUACUGUGCUUCCAAAGUUGCAAAAACUGCUUGUUUCUGAUCCACAGAAAGUGAAUGUUAAUAUUAGUGUUGCCAUCUUAAAAGUUUUAAAGAAACUUCCUGGUGACACCUUGGACACUCAUCUUUCCAGUAUUAUUCAUCGAAUAUCGAACUUCCUUAAAAAUCGUCUCCAAAGCAUUCGUGAUGAAGCCAGAUGUGCUUUGGUUGCAUGUUUGAAGGAACUCGGAUUUGAGUAUCUUAAACUAGUAGUCAAGGCUUUGAGUGCGACUUUGAAACGAGGAUUUGAGCUUCAUGUUUUGGGAUAUACUAUUAACUUCAUCUUGUCAAAAGGCCUUCCAGAUACUGUAGGUGGUAUGUUAGACUUUUGUUUGGAUGAGCUGCUUCGUGCAGUAGAUAAUGACAUUUUUAGUGAGGUAGCUGAGCAAAAAGAGGUGGAAAAGGUUGCUUUUAAAAUGAAAGAGACUAGAAAACAAAUGUCUUUUGAUACACUUAGGUUGAUGGCCCAAAAUGUGACUUUUAAAUCCCAUGGUUUGAAGCUGCUCUCUCCAGUAACUGCGCAUAUGCAGAAGCAUUUGACACCAAAAGUAAAAUUAAAAUUGGAGAAUAUGUUGACUCACAUUGCUGAAGGAUUUGAAAGAAACUCCUCUGUUGAGCAGAUUGAUCUCUUUAUCUUCAUAUAUGGCCUAAUUGAUGAUUGGCUUUCUGAGGAUAAACGUAGAAGAGAAACUAAGUUAGUGGAAGAAUUAAAAAUAGAAAAUCAUGUUGAGGCAAGUAGUAAAAUUGUUAUGAAAUGUUAUGUUGGGACCGAACCACAGUGCUCAUAUCUUAUUGCAGUCUUUGCUCUUCGACUUCUCCACAAUCGUUUGAGAAAUAUUAAACUUCACAAGGGCAAUGAUCAUCUGAUCUCACUGUUGGAUCCCUUUAUUAAGCUUCUGACAUCUUGCCUGAGUUCUAAGUAUGAAGAGAUAGUAGAUGUUGCCCUCAAGUGUAUAUUCCCUUUGACAAGGCUGCCUCUUCCCUCCUUGGAAUCUCAAGCGGACAUAAUAAAAGUGACAUUAUUGGGCAUUGCGCAAAGUACUUCUAAUGUAAAUAGUCCUGUAAUGCAGUCCUGUUUAAAAUUAUUGAUUGCCCUGCUACAGGGCACCAAAAUUACCCUUUCAGCUGAUCAAUUGCAUUUAUUGAUCAAGUUUCCCCUUUUUGUUGACCUUGAAAAUAACCCCUCUUUUGUUGCCUUGACACUUUUAAAGGCAAUUGUGCGGCGCAAACUUGUUGUCCUUGAAAUAUAUGAUCUGAUAAAUCAAGUUGCAAAACUAAUGGUAACCAGUCAAGAGGAAGCUGUCCGCAGAAAAUGCAGUCAGAUAUUGUUACAAUUCUUGCUUAACUAUCAACUUUCUCAGAAACGAAGGCAGCAGCAUCUUGAUUUCCUUGUGAUUCAACUAGGGUAUGAACAUGCCACUGGGAGAUCAGCUGUGUUGGAUAUGCUUAAGACAUUUAUUAAGAGAUUUCCGGAGAGCGUAAUUUGUGAGCAGUCAACGAUCUUUUUUCUCACUUUGGUUCGUGCUUUGGCCAAUGAUCAUGAUAAUCAAGUUCGCUCCUCAAUUGGCAUUGUUAUAAAGCAUCUUCUCGGGCGCAUAAACUCAGAAUCACUUAAGACCAUUUUAAAUAUGUGUCUUACUUGGUAUUUGGGGGAGCAACAACAGCUACGGAGCCUAUCAGCACAGGCCCUUGGAUUUGUUGUUGAAGUGAUGAAAAGAGGAUUUCGGAAGCACAUAAAUGAUGUACUGCCUGUUAUGAAAAUGACCGUGCAGUCUGCUAUUGAUGUGUUGAAUGGUGGGCAGCUAAAUCUGUCAGAUCCGGAAACAAUUCCCUUUUGGAAGGAUGCAUAUUAUUCUUUCAUUUUGCUGGAGAAAAUUCUUACACAGCUUCCAGAAUUAUUCUUUGUUGGGGAUAUUGAUGAUAUAUGGCAGGCAGUCUCUGAGCUUCUUGUACAUCCACACCCAUGGAUUUGUAACAUAUCCAGCCGUCUUGUUGCUUUGUACUUUGAACAAAUGGGAAAGAAAGGGGAAAAAAUCGGAACAACUUGCCUUACAAGCACGAGUAGGAUGUUCCUGAUUGCUUCGUCUCUAUGCAGUCGAUUAAAGGUUCAACUCCCUGAUAAAGGUGUAAGAAGAAUUGUUAAAUGCAAUCUUGCAUUUGCAAUCUGUGGUAUACAGUCUCUGUUGCGUCAAACAGAAUUUCAGGAUCCCUGUAUAUUUUGGUCCUCCCUCGGUUCACGCGAUCAAGGAUGUUUUCUUAAAGCUUGUCAGUUGCUUGAUACGAAAAGUGGAAGGAGUAUCACCGAAGUGCUCACUUGUGGAUUUGAUGAUGAUAAUUUUGAUCAGAAAAACCAUAAUCUUAGUUAUUUGCUCGUGUCUGGUUUACUUAACACAAUGGGGAAAACUGCCCUUCAAACUGAGGAUACUCAGACGAAGAUGAUUCUUGGUAGUCUUAGACUGGUGGCUGAGCAGACCACUCAAGAAGAUUGCCUGCAGUAUGCCUAUUUGUUGUUGUUCCCAAUUUACAAACUUUGCGAGGGGUUUUCUGGAAAAGUAGUUUCAGAUGAUGUAAAGCAACGUGCAGAAAAAGUUCGUCAAAAGAUACAGGAAAAACUUGGUACUCAGAACUUUGUACAAGCUUACAACCAGAUGAGGCAUGAUCUUGGAGAAAAAAGGUUCAAGAGGAAGCAAGAGGAGAAGCUCUUGGCUGUCAUUAAUCCUGUCAGAAAUGCCAAGAGGAAAAUGGGGGUUUCUGCCAAACAUCAAGCCCACAAGAAGAGAAAAAUGAUGGUUACCAAGAUGGGUAGAUGGAUGCGCUAGGUGCAAAUUUUCUUGGUUUGGGUAUCAAUUUUUAUUGUACAUAUCUCUUACGAUAAAUGCCCAAAUUUGACAGUUCACUCUUGGUAAGUCGGGAAAUUACUCAAAUGGACAAAGAGUCCUGACCUAGUCUUCUGAAAUUUCUCAACUAGCUUUUGUGGUCUGUUAUAUACUAGGUAGACUGAAGGACUUCGUGAUAGGAAUUGUAACUGCUUGUAUAUAUAGAUUCUGAUGCCUUGAAUCAUGGCGAUGCAAUGUCCCGUCUCAAGGCAAAUUUUGUUAGAAAUUAUGAGAUAAAAAUUUUGAAUUACUCAAUUGAUAAAGCUCUUUUGCAUUUAUCUGCUUUGAAGAACCUAUGAACUUCUUUCUAGUAUUCUCAAUGCACGAGCCUCUUGUUCUUGAUUUUUCAUUAA